AUGGGGACAUUGAGUAAUUCGUGUCCCGUGUUGUUGGUACUUCGGGUAUUGAUCCACUUCGUGACCUCUACGGCAUCUUCCGUCCAAAGUUAUGUUAGUAUUAGUUACGAGCCGUCCAUGGUACACGAUCUGGUGGAAGAUCACAACAAAACCGUGCAUAUCAACAUCAACAUGAACAGAAAUUUGUACCCAUACAACUACACGAGGCUGCGGUUUGAUUUACUGUGAGUUUGAUACCUUUUUGUUUAUUGUUUAAGACCUCUACAUUCAGAGUUCUUCGACGUCGACAAUUACAUAACAGACUUUGAGUUCAGCGAAGGGCAUGACAAUGGCGAUGUCAUAACUUACCAGGUAUGGAUUAACCUUUGUUUAAACCCUUCGUUUUUAUUCUAAUGUUUAUUGACUUUGUUCAAAGUGGACAUUUGAUUAAUUAUGUCAUUCUAGACUCAGGCUAAUCUGUAUGGGAAAAUGUUGGGCAAGUCGGCUCUUCAAGUUGUAGUAGAACCAAUUGAUGAUACUCUCGAGAAGGAGCACAAGUUUAUGCAGAUUUCACAAAAUGACAAGAUGGACGUGUGGGUAAUCAGAAAUCCAGACAAACAACAAUUUACAAAAGUGUUCGUUGUCACUCUGAUCAUUCUGAUAACAAUUGCCAACGUUCUGAUGGGAUGUGAGUUGGAUAUGAAUGUUGUCUACGAGACGUUGAGGAAGCCCAUCGCUCCAGCUAUCGGCUUUUUCACUCAGUUUGUGUUGAUGCCUUUGGUAAGUACAACAAUAAAUUGUUAUUGUUGACUUCUUUCGAGUUAUUUUUUUUGAAUUUUUCAUUUUUAGCGAUAAUUCAUUUUAGAUAUCAUUUACUAUUGCCAACCUAAUCUUAGUGCCCCGAGGGCUUAAUUCUUUUGCAUUGGGACUCUUUGUUUGUGGAUGUGCUCCAGCUGGCGGAGCUAGCAACUUCUGGACAUUGCUGCUGGAUGGUAAUGCUCAUUUGUCAGUUACUAUGACAUUUUUGAGUAUGGUAACUUCUCUCAGUAAGUUAUUUUUCAUUAUACUGUUAGAGAUAGCAGUUAUAUUAUUAUGUCAUGUUUUUUACUUUAAAUGUGUGGUACAAUGUUUUAUUUAAGUUAUGAUGCCUUUGUGGAUGAAUCUUCUUGGUUACAAGUUCUUGAAAGGAUAUUCAGAAGGCGUGGUAAUGAAGGUGCCUUAUACAAAAAUUUUCAUGGGACUAGUUGCUUUAAUAGUACCACUUUUGUUAGGUGUACUAAUAGCAAAGAAAAAGCCAAAUUGGGCUGCUAAUGCUCGAAAGGUAAGUAGUUGCAAAGCUUGUAAAUUUUUUUAUUUCACUGGUUUUUUAAAAAUUAAUGUUGUUUUAGCUAAUUUUUAAAGAUGAAAUUUCUGUUUUUAGGUACUUCGUCCUUUUUUAAUAUUCGUACUGGUAUUUGUGGUAGUAUUUGGAACGUUUUCCAACUUGUACAUGUUCGAAUUGAUGAGUUGGCCUGCUUUGUUAUCGUAAGUUUAUAAUGGAAAGUUUUGAAUUUUUAAGCGUGGUUUAUAUUUUGUAUCAUUGUAUUUCAGAGGCUUACUGUUACCGUGGUGUGGGUUUAUGUUUGGGUGUUUUACGGCUAUUUUCUUGAGGCAAAAACCUGAAGACGUGACAGCUAUAGCCAUCGAGACUGGGGUUCAAAACACAGGUAUCGCCAUAAUGUUGCUCAAGGUAAUCUAUUUUUGUUAUUGUUAGUUGUGGUAACGUUCUAAUGAGGACGUAAACCGUACUCAUAUUUACAUUAUCGUAUAUUAAUAUAAUAUUAUCGUUUACAGUUUUCCUUCUCCGAGCCAGAUGCGGACAUCAGCUCGUUGUUACCUGUGAUAGUGGCAUGUUUCACUCCAGGCCCUCUCCUGAUUGGAUUCGCGGUUCAUUCUUUAAUUAAAUGGACCAAGAAGUCGUCUUCCAUCAUUUCCCAGGAUCCUGAGAAGCGAUUGGAGAGUGGAGUACGUGGCGAAUCAAACGUCCAACUAAUCCAGUCUAACGAAUCUCCGGGCUUGGACUAG